ACUCAAAACAGUUGCGUUUCACAAGUGAAGCUGUGUGGUUCACUCUUCAAAAUGGAUUUAACUUUCGCUUUGGCUUUUAUUUUGACGACGCUGCUGAUAAGCUUGACAACUGGAACUACUUCAACAACUGAGAUCAGCAGCAACACAACUGCAUCCCCCGCUAUCCCUAAGCUACCCCUUGCCAUACACUAUGAAGCACUCUGCCCCGACAGCAUGUUCUUCAUACGACGCCGACUGCAUGAUGCUCUAUUCGACAACGAUUGGUGGCCUCGCGUGGAUCUAAAACUUUAUCCCUUCGGCAAGGCGAAUUUCUACAAUAACACAGAUCUGAACCGCAUAGAAGUGUAUUGUCAGCAUAGUGAACCAGAGUGCGAACUGAAUGCGCUGCAUGCCUGCAUCCUGGAGAAUCUGGAACUUCAGCCAGCUUUCCAGUUGAUCAACUGCAUGCUGCGCUCUUACAGCAAUGCAAUAGAUCAGUGUUCCAAGCAUCUCAAACUGGAUGUCACGUCAGCCAAGCAGUGUAAAGAGAGCAGAGCAACAGCAGAAAUUCUUAAACCCUACGGCAGAGAGACCCUCGCUAUCCAAUUGUCCUUUGUGCCCAGUAUUGUGUUCGACAAUCGCUUUGAGCCCUACGAGCAGAGCAGUAUUCGUUACAACUUUGAGUCAAAUUUCUGUCGCGAAUACGAAACCAAAUUCCAAAUUAAAUUGCCAACUUGCGGCUGAUUAAUGUA